AUGUGGUCGCCAACCCCUCCUACCAUCUACCGUAGGGUUAUGGCUCUCCGACAACGCAACUUCACUAGGAUCUCGUCGUAUUCAGCUCAAUGUUGGAUCUCCUCCCGGGAGCCUCGUUCUCGGCGGUUAUCCACGCCUCGGCUCUCCACCUACCGUCUCCAUGUACAUCACUGCCUCGACAAGCACCUCUGGUCACCCCUCGCCUCCUCUUGCCAUGCUCCCUCCAUCGACACACGUCCACCAUCUCGUCGACUCCCAUUGGAUGGCAGCUCGCCGGUCAUCAUCUGCAACCUCUGUGGCUGCUCUAACCUGGUGCCUCGACGCAGGCCUGCAUCUGAUGACAAGCUUCGUGCUCUUGGUGUUGACUCUGUUCAUCUUUUUCUCAAUGAUGGCACAAGAUGCCUCCCGGAUUUGCUAAUAGUUUUGAUUUCCCGUGGCGGAGUUCCCAUUCAAGACUCGCAGUCGCUGAGCUCUCAAGGUUCUACCAGCGGGAGCACUUUCGAGAGCAGGAGAUCAGCCAGAGGGCUGUAUGGCUCCACCCUCAGGAAUUCUUCAGAAAGGGAGAUACCUGGAGACAGAAAGUUCACCUUACCAGAGAUUCAGAAAGCAACGAAGAACUUCUCGCCCAACCUCAAGAUUGGGCAGGGUGGUUCUGGGACAGUGUACAAGGGUCAGCUCAGCGAUGGCACCCUCGUCGCCGUCAAACGGGCCAAGAAGAAUAUGUAUGACAAGCACAUGGGCCACGAGUUCCGGAACGAGAUAGAGACGCUGCGAUGCAUCGAGCACCUGAAUCUGGUACGGUUCCAUGGGUUCCUUGAGUUUGGUGGUGAGCAGUUGAUCAUUGUGGAGUAUGUUCCCAAUGGCAAUCUUCGAGAGCACCUUGAAGGUCUGAAUGGAAAAGUCCUGGAGUUCUCUGUGAGGUUGGAAAUCGCGAUCGAUGUGGCCCACGCUAUCACCUAUCUUCACACCUACUCUGAUCAGCCGGUCAUCCACAGGGACAUCAAAUCCUCAAACAUUCUUCUCACAAACAACUGCCGAGCUAAGGUCGCUGACUUUGGAUUUGCGAAACUGGCUCCGACUGACGCCACCCAUGUCUCUACUCAAGUCAAAGGAACAGCAGGGUACCUUGACCCAGAGUAUCUCAGAACAUACCAGCUCACUGAGAAGAGUGAUGUCUACUCCUUCGGAGUGCUGCUAGUGGAGUUGGUUACUGGGAGGCGCCCGAUCGAACCAAAGAGGGCGAUCGUCGAACGUGUCACAGCAAAAUGGGCAAUGGAAAAAUUCUCGAAGGGCGAUGCGAUACUAACACUGGAUCCGAAUCUGGAAGUGAACGACGCGACCAACCUGGCGAUCGAGAAGAUGUACGAGCUGGCCUUGCAAUGCUUAGCUCCCAAGAAGAGGAACCGGCCGAGCAUGAGGCGGUGCGCAGAGAUCCUGUGGAGUAUACGUAAAGAUUACAGGGAGCUGGCUCGACCAACCUCCUCUUGA